GUUUACACCGAGAAGGUCACCGGUUCAAACCCGGUAGUUGAUAUUCGUUUUGCCACUUUGCAUUUUCGUCGAACGAUGAAGAUCGCGUCGUUUUUGCCAGCGGGGACAACGAUCUGCUACGAGCUCGGGCUCGCCGACCUCCUCUCGUGCGUCACCUUCGAGUGCCAAUUUCCCAAAGAGGCGCUGGCCAAGCCCAAGGUCAUUCGGUGCGUCUUUGACUCGGCGACGCACUCGUCCGGGGCCAUUGACCAGCUCGUGAGUGACAGCGCUACUUCUGGCACGCCGCUGUACGAGAUCAACGAGGCGCUUCUGGGCGACGUAGACAUUGUCUUGCUCCAAGAUCUGUGCGAGGUAUGCGCAAUUGGGCCGGCCAACGUCCUGCCCGUCCUCGAAAAGCUUGGUGUCCGGACCAAGAUCGUCUACUUGACUGCGCGCGGGCUCCAAGGCUUGUACAAGGACGUCAUGGCCAUCGCCACAGCGUGCGGCGUCGCAGGCCGCGGCCAGGCCAUGGUCGCCAGUAUGAAGGGUCGCGUCGACGCCGUCGUCUCUGCCCUCGACGGCUGCCAUCCACUCAAGACCGUGUGCGUCGAGUGGCUCGAUCCAAUCUACAAUGCUGGCCAUUGGAUGCCCGAGCUUGUGACGCUUGCGGGCGGCUACGACCCGCUCGCAGCACCCGAGACGUUUUCGGUCGCGAUCGACUGGAGCCACGUGGCCGACGCGGGCGCCGAAGCCCUUGUGAUCAUGCCCUGCGGCUUUGACUUGGCGCGGAGCAUCAAGGAAAGCUUCGCGCUGCUGCCGUCCAAGAAGGGGUUUCAAGACAUUCCUGCUGUGCAGUCCGGCCGCGUCUUUAUCUUUGAUGCGAACCGCCUCUUUAGCGGCGCUUCGCCGGCGCUUGUGGACGGCCUCGAGAUCCUCGCGCACCUCCUGCACCCGGACCGGUACCCCGCGCUUCCCCGCUUCAAGGACGACUAUCGCAUCGUGGAUCUCCUUCACACUGCGAGUCCAACGACACCGAAAUGAGUCCACGCAUUCGUAGCAGUGAUAAUCCACCCGCAUGUUCAUCUCGCCGACGUGGCUGGCGUAUGCGCACCGAUGCUCACGAGCAGGAAUAUCUCGGCUACAGGUAUAUGGGCAGGCGACAGAUCCCUUGGUCCAUCGGACCUGGCACUGGCCAUGACUGGCCACGGCGCCAUGGCCGACUCAUGGCUCCGUACGACGCUUACUACUCGCCCUCGCGCAUGAACGGUACUCGCCUGCUGGAGGAGCGAGAGCACGCAGGCGUCGUCGAGCUGGCGAUGCAUGGUCGUGACGAGUGGCGACCGAUCCGAAAUCAUGAAAAUUGAGUUGGGUUUCG